UGUGCCAAUGAUGCUCACGAAGUCCACCUUUAAAAUGACCUACAUUGGAGAGAUAAGCACCCAGAUCCUGGUGCUUCCAUACAUCGGCCAAGAGCUGAACAUGGUCAUCCUGUUGCCCAGUGAAAGCACCGACUUGAACACGGUGGAGAAGGCCCUGACCUACAAGAAAUUCAUCGCGUGGACGAAGCCGGAUGUGCUGGCGGUGGAGGAGGUGGAGGUGUUCCUGCCCCGGUUCACGUUGGAGGAGAGUUACGACAUGGAGGGGGUCCUCCGGAAACUGGGCAUGACCGACGCUUUCGACGAGGCCUGCACCAACUUCAGUGGGAUGUCAUCCGGGCGAGGCUUGCACCUGUCCAAGGUCGUGCACAAGUCCUCUGUGGAGGUCACCAAGGAGGGCACGGAGGCCGCGGCCACCACAGAGGCCAGGAUCAUGCUGAAAUGCCUGAGGGUCGUAUACCGGUUCCAUGCCGACCGGCCCUUCCUCUUCUUCAUCCAGCACGGCAAGACAGGGGCCAUCCUGUUCUGCAGCCGUUUCUGCUCGCCGUGACGGGGUGCUGGAGGCGCCCCGGUGCUCCUCACCGCUCUCCCCGAUGUCUGGAAGAGCUGAAACCCCAGUGACCUUGGUGAAGGUCCACAAAUAAAGGGCUGAUGGAGACCGCC